AAUCCACCAAACACUUUCAUGAAACGUGAUUGAAACAAGGCUUAUUGAAAGAGGUAGGGACACGGGUCUUGAGUUGUAUGGUAUUACGCAUGCGCAGUGUAACCGGAGGCGAGUGCAGACUGCGCAUGUGUAGUACCCCGAGUAAUAUGACGCAUUAUCACGCGUGAAUCCUCUUUUAACGCUCCUGGACGGGAAACCGGAAGUAAGCGCUGUACAUGUUUUUGUAGACACCAGCGUUACUGUUAUACAUAUAUACCAAAACAUAUUUUUUUUAAACCAAAGACUUCGCAUUGAACCGAUUAUAAAUGAGAUUUAAAAGCUACAUUUGAAGCUACACUCUUCCAAAAGUGGCUAACUAUGAGUUACAACUGAGAAACAAGGAGACAGAAACUAAAUAAUAAUGGCAAGUAAGAGCAAAGACAGCGGUGAAGUUAUUAAAAACUACCACAAACAGGCGUUUGAGUAUGUAUCCAAGGCAUUACGGAUCGACGAGGAUGAUACAGGAGAUAAAGAGGAGGCUGUGAAGUGGUACAAGAAGGGCAUCUCUGAGCUGGAGAGGGGGAUAGCAGUAGAGAUCACUGGAAGAGGAGCAGGAGAGCAAUAUGACAGAGCAAAGAGGCUUCAAGAUAAAAUGGUCACCAAUCGCACCAUGGCAAAAGACAGGCUUGCUCUUCUGGAGGCAACAAUGGCAUCUAAGAGGAGGAGUGAUCCACCGAAGACUUCAAAUAACAAUCUUCCACAACCAAAGCCUGUGCCCAAAAGCCAGCCGGCAGUGCGAGGUGUGUCCUCUAACACCAGGCCCUCCACUGUUGUUAGACCCCCAUCCAGACCCACUGAUCCAAAGGUGACCCCACGGGUGGGAAGAGCUCAAAAUGGAAGACCUGCAGCUGUGAAACAACCCCCAAAAAGGGAUUUGAAAAACUUCAAGAAUGUGGACAGCAAACUGGCCAACUUGAUUCUGAAUGAAAUUGUUGACAGUGGAACAUCUGUAUCCUUUGAAGACAUUGCAGGACAGGACAUGGCCAAGCAAGCACUCCAAGAGAUUGUCAUCCUCCCUGCCUUAAGACCAGAGCUCUUUACUGGCCUGAGAUCUCCGGCACGAGGUUUACUUGUAUUUGGCCCGCCUGGAAACGGGAAAACAAUGCUGGCAAAAGCGGUCGCAGCGGAGUCAAAUGCCACAUUCUUCAACAUCAGCGCUGCCAGUUUGACCUCUAAAUAUGUGGGAGAGGGCGAGAAGCUUGUACGAGCACUGUUUGCAGUUGCCAGAGAAUUGCAGCCCUCUGUUAUCUUUAUCGAUGAAGUUGACAGCUUGCUCUGUGAAAGGAGGGAGGGAGAACACGAAGCUUCUCGUCGAUUAAAAACCGAGUUCCUCGUUGAGUUCGAUGGGGUGCAGUCAGGAAAGGAUGACAGGGUGCUUGUAAUGGGAGCGACCAACAGGCCUCAGGAGCUCGAUGAAGCAGUACUGAGGCGCUUUGCAAAAAGGGUUUAUGUGGCGUUGCCGGACGAGGAGACAAGACUCACGCUGCUGAAAAACCUUUUGGGAAAGCAUGGGAAUCCACUGAGCAAAAAUGAGCUGGCCCAUCUCGCAAAAAAGAGCGCAGGAUAUUCAGGAAGUGAUCUCACGUCAUUAGCCAAAGACGCUGCGCUCGGCCCGAUUAGAGAGUUGGGACCAGAACAAGUCCGAAGUAUGGCUGCUAGUGAGAUGCGUAACAUCCAGAUGAAAGACUUUGAGGACUCCCUGAAGCGCAUUAAGCCCAGUGUUAGCCCAGGGACUCUUACAAUGUACACCAAAUGGAACAAAGAUUUUGGGGACACAACAGCUUUUUGAACUUGAUAGUUCACUUUCACUUGUUCAAAAAAACAACAACAGAUGGGUUCAAGACAUCAUUAACGUAAAUGAACCAGGAACAGAACCUUUGUAGGUUGGUAAAGCUGUCAUGUAUAAAUAUUAUGACAUUCAGAAACAUUUCCUGUUUUAUGGGAAGAUCUUUAUGAGUUUCUUAACUGCAUUAUGACACUCCUAAAACACUGUUUCGCUACUUGAAAUUUCGUUAUUUAUUCACAAGAAUGUCCUGCAGAAUUACAAGUGAUCUUUCUCUUGCCUCAAGAGGGCAGCAAGUUUCUGUAAAUCUUGACAUAACCUCACUGAUUUAGAUAAGUUUACACAUCCAGUAGUUACCUGAUGUUUUGACGUGAUGAUGGUAUUGAUCACCAAGUGCUCUCUGUACUUGUGCACUUGCAAGAGUGAUAAUAAUUGGGAGACGAUUUGCCAAAUUGGGUGAAUUUGUAUUAUAAGAAUGUUUUUUUUUCCUUUUGCACUUAUAGUUUGUAGAUACAAAAUAUUGUAUUUGAAAGUAGGAGACCUAACGGUGUGUUGGUCAACAAGACUUAUGACUUAAUGGCUUCCUACUUUCAUCGUGCAUCAAUAAAUACAUUCAUUAAAGUUCCUCCAGCUUUA